ACACUCAGACUGAGCCAACAGACUUUUCUGACCUGACAACCAGGGAGGCGCAGGAUGCUCAGUGCAGAGAGGAAGAAGCAGGUAGUCCCUGCAGCUGGAAGCCCAGCUCCCACCCCAGCUGCUUUGCAUGUCCCUCCCAGCUGCCCUACCUUCCAGAACCCAUAUCAAUGCCUGGGUCAGAGCCCUGGAGAGGAGCUGCUCAGUUACGACCCAGAGGGAACCAUGGAAGCCCCAGCACAACUUCUUUUUCUCCUUCUACUCUGGCUCCCAGAUACCACCGGAGAAAUUGUAAUGACGCAGUCUCCAGCCACCCUGUCUUUGUCUCCAGGAGAAAGAGCCACCCUCUCCUGCAGGGCCAGUCAGAGUGUCAGCAGCAACUUAGCCUGGUACCAGCAGAAACCUGGGCAAGCUCCCAGGCUCCUCAUCUAUGAUGCAUCCAACAGGGCCACUGGUAUCCCAGACAGGUUCAGUGGCAGUGGGUCUGGGACAGACUUCACUCUCACCAUCAGCAGCCUGGAGCCUGAAGAUGUUGGAGUUUAUUACUGUCAGCAGGAGAGUAACUGGCCUCACACAGUGAUUCAACCUGAAACAAAAACCUCAACAAGACCCUCAGUGUUUACUGAUUAUACCAGCUGCUUCCUUUACAGACAGCUAGUGGGGUGGCCGCACAGUUUUAGCAUCUCUGCUCUAUUUGGCUAUUUUGGAGUUCACGUUCUAAAGUCCAAACUGACUUAUAUUAAUCCAUUACCUCAUUCCACUUCAGCAUGGCUAUUAAUCGCAUUUUAGAACACAUCUCUGUUU